UCGACGUCGUCAUCAUCAUGGUAAUGUUCUCAACCUUCAUCUUUCUAAAUCUCAUCAUGUCCGGCUAAUCUUCUAGUUGCUCCGGAUUUGAUGAACCCUAAUAUGUUUUACAUGGAUUGAGUGGUAUCUUUUUGAUAUAGACAAGAGUACUAGUACACGAAGUCUCUGUGGAUACGACCUUGCUUCCUGCUAUAUUACCUUAGAACGAUAGGUACCCUUGCCUAUUUUUCCUGUGUUAGUUUCGGGCGAUCAGUUAUCCUGGGAUAGAAUGAAAUUUAAUGCGUUGGUGUGAGUUAAUAUUUGUUGGUCAUCCUUGGAUUCUAUUACGAGUGAGUUGGAUACAAUUUACCUACUCUUUAUCGGACGUAGUGUGUUACCUCUGUUUAUGUUGUGUGGAUACUAUUAUGAGCCUAUUGGAAUAUUUACUGAAGUAUUGUGGAUAAUAGCCCGUUGGAUUAUAGUGUGGAUACUUGUUUGGAGCCAUCAGAUACUAUUGUUAGAUUCAUUGAUAUGAGUUAGCUUAUGUUUACGGUUAUGCAUUUUCUUUAAUAUUUGUUUUUUGCAGGGAUGUUUGUAGGUUUCAAUCAUCACCGACAAACUUGAGUGUUUGACGCUUGUUUGUUAUAUGAAGAGACAACUCCUUCUUUUGAAUGGUUUUUUGAAGCAUUUAGUCGAUGCAUGAAGAGGAAACUCCUAGUGACCAUCUUCACGGAUCAAGGACGCCGGUAUGGCAGUUGCCCUUAGAAAGGAGUGGCCUACUGUGUUUCAUGCCCUAUGUACUUGGAACAUCCUCAUGAAUGCCAAGAAGCAUCUUCGUAAAGACAAGGCAUUUUAGAAGAAGUUUCAAAAUCAUCUUGCUUAUCUUUUCUACUACGUCGACAGCGAGGCCGAGUUUCAUGAGGGAUGGAGUAGCACGGUUGCUGAUUGUUUUCCUGGAAGUGAAACCGUGGAUGGCCACCAAUGGAUGCAAUAUUUGAAGAAAUUUCGUCAUCAAUGGUGUUCCUUGUAUUUGAGAGAUCAAUUCACAGUGGGGAUGUUGACAACGCAAGCUAGCGAGUAGUGAAAUGCACAAGUGCGACUCUUCUUGAAACGGAGGCAUAAUCUCGACGAGUUUUUCAUCCAGUUUACCUGGUAUGUGAUGAGAAUACUACUUUGCUCUUGUAGGAUAUUAUUUAUCACCUUAUGGAUAUUGAGCCGCGAUGUGAUGUUAUUGGUACGUAAUAGUGUGAUUUAAUUUUGUGUUGUUUGGAUAUUUUUAUGUUAUAUAUGGAUAUCAUAUAAGGCAAUCAACAUUUUGGUUUUCUUCAUACAUGCAGUUUGUUGGCUGAAAAAGGCGCAAAGAGACUGAGUCUGACUACAAUGGGAAACAAUCGGCCCCUUACAUAUUGUUGGAGAAAAGCUCGAUCCUCCAACAUGCUACCAUGAUCUUCACAUUUAAAAUCUUCUACCGGAUUCAAGGGCAGUAUCUAAAAAUUGAAGACUAUCUAAUUGAGCUUGUCCCAAAUACUAGGGAUGAUGGCUUCAUCAGCUACCUUACAUAUAAGAUAGAGGAUGGUGAGCGUAGCGAUGAACGUGUCACUCUUGUCGAUAUUUCUACGGCCACAUUGGUAUGAGAAUGUAGGAUGUUUAGAACUUUCGGGGUGUUAUGUCGGCAUAUGCUUAAGGUGAUUCGAUUGCUUGGAGAUUUUGGGAUCGAUAGUAUGAGGACUAUUCCAGAUCAUUACAGACUCAAGCGAUGGACAUUGGAGGCGAGAAGGAAAGAGGUUGUUGAUGCUGAUGCUUCAGUUGGUCCUUCAUGGCGAACAGAACUUCCAAGCGCCUUAAAUCGAUCUCCAACACCAUUGGAGCUCGGGAGAAGCUUGGAGAAGUGCCGAUUGAUUACCAGAAGCAGAUUUUCAUCCUUCACAGAAUGAUUUCCGCAUCUGAAGCAAAUUUCUCUUCUCUCUCUAUGGAGUAAUUUCUCUCACUCACCUGGGUAUGAAGAACCCUAGAUUUGUAUAUUAGGUUUGGUUGUAUGAACCCAAUUACAAGUUCUUUGAUACUGAGUAUGUUCAAUUGAGGCAUGAUUUUCUGAAUUGCUUGGAUCCUGAUCAAAUUCCUAUAGUUCCUGCUUCGACCUAGAAAGAGAAUAUAUGCCUAGGUUGAUAGAGCACCCUUGUAAUUGAAGGUAGUGAAUUGAUGACUUUAGUCGAGGACUUGGUUCACUAUUCUGUACUGGAUUAACUCCAGAGAGGAGGUUUGGUAUGUUAGGGCCUCAAUCUGUUUACUUCGGUGCAGGUUAGUGCCCGCUGGGAAUUCAGAUUGAGAGGGUCUGGAGACCUUUAGUCGAGACUUCAGACUACCUAAGAACCUUCCGCAGUAUAAUUAUCAUUGAAAUUGGACUGGGUGAAUUACAACUUGGCUUAACUGUAGUCUAGGGGGAACCACAUCUGGGUGACCUCUCUCAAACUUGGAACACAACCUUUGCUGCUUUUGUUUGCUAGUUUAAUUGGAACUUCACUACAGUUGAACCGCUAAAUAAUAAGAAUUUCACGGA